UUGCUGGAGGUGUAUGAGACUCUUGGUGCUGGAAGAACUCAGCGAUCGCUGUGCUAGGCAGCAUGCUUCGUGAAGAAUGGACGGGAACAGAUCUGGAUGAAGGGCCCUCGACCAGAAACGUCAACUGUCCCUUUCUAGAUGCUGCCUGGCCCGCUGAGUUCCUCUCGCAAUGUCAUUAUGCCCGUAAAAUUACUGCGGUUUUGAAUUCGUAGAUGAAUCAGAACCUGGCCAUUUGAUCAGUAGUGAAGGGAAAUUACAGAAAGUGUUGGAAAUCGUGAAGCUUUGAUGUUUUAUUGGUUGUGAGGUAUAAUUAACCAUGGGUUUACUAUCAAAUCUGGCUCGAGGUUUGAUGCGUGGAGCUGAUCGGACUGCAGAAAUAACAAGCAAACGUGGACCCCGAAGUUUCUACAGAUCCCGGGGAACGAAGCCAACAGGAUUUUUAACAUCCAGCAGAAAGUUUGUAAAGAUACGACAAAUGGUACCAGAGUUGGUGGUUCCUAAUUUGGAAGGUUUCAAUCUAAAACCAUACGUGUCUUACAAAGCACCAAGGGGAACAGAGCAACCCUUGACAGCCAAAAAGCUCUUCAUGCAAACUGCUGCUGUACAAAUAGAGAAAGAUUUUCAGGAGGGUACCUUUGACCCGAACAACCUAGAAAAAUACGGCUUUGAACCAUCCCAAGAGGGCAAGCUGUUCCAGCUGUUUCCAAAAAAUUAUGUGCGGUAAUAAGAACUGGAUUUUUUGAGAUUAUUCAUGGACUGAAUGAAGAAAUAAAUGAGAAGUGGCUACCA